AAUAUUUAGUACGCGGCCCAUCGGGAAUUUCCCGAUUUCCCUAUGGCCCAAUCCGUCCCUGUCGGGGCCCAACAGGUUCUUAAUCCGGCCUUAACGUUUCUCAUUAUGUCUGCAAUUCGAAACAGUCGGAUUGCUUACCUAUGUGAUUUGAUGACUGAUAGCUAGACAAUCAAAUACACGUCCUAUCAACUCUACACUUUUUAACAACAAGAGAUCGUAUCCAGUCUAUCUAUUUACAAUGUUUGUGACGGAUUGCUAGACGCUCUAACUUUUAAACAUUCCCGCCAAAACGUCAAGCCUUAUCUCCAAUCCACACCACUUAUCCUUAUCACGAAUUCUAAACGUUUGUCUUAAAAUUGUCGCGACUUUUAAAAUUCAAACGACUCUUACUCCAAAAAUUGUACCCACUCUCAGCGAGCCCAACAGGUUCCCGGGCUUAAUUCUAAAACUGGCUUAUGGUAUAUUUAAUUCUAAAAUUGGUUUAUGGUAUAUGAUCGUGAUCUAGUGAUAUGGUAGUAUACCGGUUACCAACUUAGAUUAAUAUGUAUGCCGGUUACUAAAUGCAAGAAUCAACCAAUCACAGCACCAAAUUGUUUUUUUCUGCAAAUCAUGGUUGACGUUAUGAUAACGUCGUUAUCACUUAUCAUGUUUGGUACUCACUACUACAACUGUCUCUACUCGAACAUCUCCAAAUUGUUAUGUGCUGCGACUGUGUCUGCCUAGUGUCUAUUGAUGUGUUGUGUGGAAUUUGUCAAAUGUGAAGUGAAGUACUCGGGAGUUAUAUUGGCCAGUUGUCACUUGUCGCUUAUGACACUGCAUAUAAUAAUACUAUAAAUGAAAAUAUGUAUUAUUGUAUAAUAAAUAUUUUCACAUAAGCUGUAGUUGUGAUGUCAUUAAUUCAAUUAUUAUAUUUUUGAGUUUGUUGAGUGUUAAGACUAACCUGUAAUCUUGUUUUUAAUAUUAUCUAAUAUUUGAUUAUAAUAUUUAUUAAUUUUUAAUUAUUAAAGUUAUACCUGACAGUUUUAAUUCAAUAAUUAUUAUUGUUUUAUUAAUAUUUUUACUAAUAAUUUUCAUACAAUGGACCAAGAAAAUCCGAGUGUUAUUUAUAUCGAAAACUGGAAUGAUCUAUGUCGAUUGUGUCUCCGCAAUGAACAAAAAUUGCAAAAUUUGUUUUUUGAAGAAACCCUUUUGGAAAAUGUUCAAGAAGUUACUAAUCUUCACUUUAAUGUCGAGGAUUCUUUACCUAAUUCUAUAUGCAAAAUAUGUAUCGACCAAGUGAAUUCAUUUGUUGAAUUUCGAGUACGAUGUAAAGCUACGGACGAAUGGCUACGAAAUGAAGGUGCCAUCUUGGAUAAUGAAUAUGAAAAGGAUAAUAUUGAAAUUGUAGAAGUAGUGGACAUCUGGAACGACGGUACUCCAUUGGAAAAGAAUGAAAGCAUAAUUUCCCAAUUAUGUAUAGAAAAUAAUGAUGAUAAAUUUUAUUUGUGUGAAGAUUGUGGAGAAUGCUUUGAAACAACUAAACAACUUACUUUACAUACUAAAACACAUUCUUCUGACCAUAUUAAAUGCACCAUGUGUAAUGUAGUUAUAUAUAACUAUAGUAAAUUUGAUAAUUUAAAAGAUAAAAUUAACCUAUGCAAAAAGUGUAAAAAUUUGAAUUAUAUUGACAAUUUAGAAGUAAAAAAUUCUUAUACAGAAAUUGAGGGCGGUUUUUUAUGUAAAGAAUGUCAAAAAGUUUUCAAAACACUGGCUGGCAUGUUAAAACAUUUAAGAAAUUGUGAAAAACAAUUAGAAAUUGGUUCCUUGUCCCAUCAGUGUCAUUUUUGUGAGGAAGUAUUUGCAACUGUUCAACAAGUUUGGAUACAUAUGAAGACUCAUGCACCCGGUGAAAAAAUAAAAUGUCGUCAUUGUGAAAAAUGUUUCAAAUCAUACUUAUCACUUGUUCGUCACGAAAACAAACAUGAAGGUACAUUUAAUUAUGUAUGUUCAUACUGUGGAAAAGCUUUUGUUACACCACAUGGUCGCAAUAGACAUGAAAUGACUCAUAAUGGGGCUAAAGAUGUGCAAUGUGAAAAAUGCACAAUGACAUUUUAUACUAGAGCUGAAUAUAACAGACAUAUGAAAUAUCAUGACAAUGUUAGAAACUUUUUGUGUUCGUUUUGUGGUAAACGAUUUUUUGAAAGUGCUCAUAAAACAAUUCAUGAACGUGCCCAUACUGGAGAAAAACCAUUUGCCUGUAAUUUUUGUGGAAAGAAAUUCAUAUCUAAACAAAAAGCACGUCGACAUCAAGCCAUUCACGAGACAUAAAAAUAAAAAAUAAUUGAAUACUAUAAUUUAUUAAUUACUUUAAUUCUCUAUAAUAUAAUUUUUAUGUUAUGUACCAAAUAUUACUUUUCAUCUCUGUUUUGUAUUACAGUCUUGCUUAAUGUGAUCACAUUGGUUCAGGCCAUUUUGAUUCUAUUAACCGGUUGAUUUCAUUAAACAAUUAUUUUAAAAAUGUUUCUAUAUUUAUACGUAUACUUAAAUUAAAUUAAAAUAGAAAAAAAAUAAUAAAACAAAUACAUUUAAAAUAAAAUUAAAUAUAAUAUAAUAUGUACAACUAAAUUAAUGCUAAAUGUAUUACUGUCCCUUCUGAAAUAGAAUUAGUGGUCGGUACAUUUAAAUUUCUAACUAAAACAUAGAUUCUUCUAUAUCAACAUUUGAUUUCUAUCACACUGAUAAGUUCAAAAAUGAAAUUCAUCCUCUAAAUUAAUCAGUUUGAAAUAUCAUAAAAAUAACAAGAACAUGGACAUGUGUAGAAUAUGAUAUGUAGAUAUGGGAUGGAUGACCCAAAAAUUGAAUAUGGAAAAACAGAGAAAAGAUUUUUACGCACAACUAGUUUACUAUAGCGCAGUUAAAUGAAAGUUGUCUAUACAUCAUAACA